CACAUACUUUUCUCUCAAUGACUAUCUCAGACUCUGUUCAGGAUCCAAUCUACCCCGUGGCCGAGCGCCUCACCGGAAAACACAAGGCUAAUGUCCAGAGCAUGGCUGAAUAUCAGUCUAUGUGGGAGUCAAGCGUGAACAACACAAACGAGUUCUUUGGAAAGUUGGGUCGCGAGCUCUUGAGCUGGUCCAAGCCUUUCGAGACCGUACAGCACGGAAGCUUCUAUGAAGGCGACGUAGCCUGGUUCCUUGAAGGUGAAUUGAAUGCCUGUUACAACUGUGUUGAUAGACAUGCUCUUGCCACACCAAACAACAUUGCCAUUAUUCAUGAAGGUGACGAGCCCGAGAAUGUUCGCAGAAUUACCUACAGAGAACUUCUCCAGGAUGUUUGCAGAUUAGCAAAUGUCCUAAAGUCCAUGGAUGUCCGCAAGGGUGACAAUAUUGCCAUCUACAUGCCCAUGGUUCCUGAAGCCGUUGUGGCCAUGCUGGCAUGUGCCCGUGUCGGUGCCGUUCACUCUGUUGUCUUUGCUGGUUUCUCUUCGGACUCUCUCCGUGACCGUGUUAUCGAUUGUGGAGCCCGCGUUGUCUUGACUGCUGACGAGGGUCGCCGUGGUGGAAAGAACAUUGCUACCAAGCGCAUCGUAGAUGAGGCCAUCAAAGGCACCACCACUGUCGAGCACGUCUUGGUCUACCGCAGAACCGGAUCAGAAGUCCCCUGGACUAAGAACAGAGAUCUUUGGUGGCAUGAUGAGAUGGCCAAGGCACGCCCUUACUGCCCUGUUACAGCCAUGAGCUCCGAAGACCCCUUGUUCUUGCUGUACACUUCUGGAUCAACCGGCACGCCAAAGGGUGUUGUCCACACCACAGCUGGAUACCUUCUCGGUGCUGCUUCCACUGUCAAGUACAUUUUCGACUACCAACCCGGAGACAUCCACGCCUGCAUGGCUGAUAUCGGAUGGAUUACUGGCCACACUUACAUUGUCUACGGUCCUCUUGCUCUUGGUGCCACAACCGUCUUGUUUGAAUCUACUCCUACUUAUCCUGAUCCUUCCCGUUUCUGGAAGAUGGUUCAGAAGCACAAGGUUACCCAGUUCUACACCGCUCCUACCGCCAUUCGUGCCCUUCGUCGUCUUGGUGACAAAUGGUUGGCCGACAGUGAUCUCUCAAGCUUGCGUGUUAUCGGCUCUGUAGGUGAGCCCAUCAACCCAGAGGCAUGGGAUUGGUACAACACCCAGGUCGGCAAGGGCAAGUGUGCUGUAGUGGAUACUUACUGGCAGACCGAGACCGGAUCGAUUAUCAUCAGUCCUUUGCCAGGUGCUACCAAGACAAAGCCUGGAUCCGCCACAUUCCCAUUCUUUGGUAUCAAGGCAGUCAUUCUUGACCCUCAGACUGGUGCAGAGCUCAAGGGCAACGACGUAACGGGUGUGCUGGCCAUUUCCCAACCAUGGCCAUCGAUGGCUCGUACUGUCUACAACAACCACCACCGCUACCUCGACACCUACCUCAACCCCUACAAGGGCUUCUACUUCACAGGCGAUGGUGCCAGCCGUGAUAAGAAUGGAUAUAUUUGGAUUCGUGGUCGUGUCGAUGAUGUGAUCAACGUUUCUGGUCACCGCCUGUCUACCGCUGAAAUUGAGUCUGCAUUGAUUCACCAUGAGUCUGUAGCCGAAGCUGCUGUUGUCGGUGGUCAAGAUGACCUGACUGGCCAGUGCAUCCACGCCUUUGCUACAUUGAAGCCUAAUGUCGAUGUGUCAGAAGGACUUGAGAGAGAACUUUCUCUUCAGGUUCGCAAAGUGAUCGGGCCAUUUGCUACUCCUAAACGCAUCUAUGUCGUUUCUGAUCUCCCCAAGACUCGCUCUGGUAAAAUUAUGCGCCGUAUUCUGCGCAAGAUUGUCAAUGGCGAGCAUGACCAGCUUGGCGAUAUUUCCACCUUGGCUGAUCCUUCGUAA